GCUGUCCCACCACGUAAACAACCUGCAGACACGGCCCCAUGGGUCUCUUUAGUCUUAUAUCAAGAUGACAACGGUGAAUGAACCUAGGUCAACAGACGAGGAGGGUGUGGAGGCCCUUGAAGCUGAGCAUGUUUACAUACUUAUGAAGAAGGAGUACCGCAUCUCUCGCAAUGUACGGGCAGAGUGGUACUUGAGGCGGAUAAAUUCCAUCAUCACUUUCCCAAGGAGAGAAAAACUCAGUGACAAUGAAGAGGAACUGGAGGUUGUGUCAGUUAUCCCUCUAGAUAUACCAAUGGAGUGGGACUAUGACACAUCACACCUGUAUAAGUACCGCAUCACACAGCGCACAACACUUCACUUCCUCUCUCGCAAAUAUCGUCUAGUUUUCUGCCUUGACUUGUCGCCAUCUACGUCAAUUGUGGACGUGACAAAGGGCAGAGUUGUGUUAGAUGAAGUUUUCACUACUUUGAGACAAUGUUUAAAAGGAAUUGUCAGGCCUUUCUAUGUACCAGGGAGUCAACUGCUGUUCCAACCUGAAGUGUACCUGACCAUUAUUGCCCACACACCGUUCUUCAAGUCCCAGUCUCAACAAGUGCUGGUUCAGGGGUGGCUGUUGAUGGUGCGCAACUUGGAUGAAUUUCUCAACAGUAUACAAAUCAAGCUGAGCAAACUUGAAACACAGUUGGCAGAGGCCACAGCUCAAACAUAUGGCCAGAUGGACUUUACCCGUGAAAAAUCUGAGCUUGGACAGAAGAUGACAGAGGAAGCCAUCAUCCUGGGGCCCACUACACUGACUAACCCGAUGGUCUCCCCGGAUAUUGGCUUCGUUGACAUGUUGAGAUAUGGCAUCGUGGCUCUUCAGUUGCUUCCGGAGAAUAGCAGUGCAGGUGUUGUGGUAAUCACUGAUGGGGUAAUAAGUCUCCCAGAUGCUACAGUGUUUGACUCGUUACUUGUGCAGCUCAGGAAUCAGACCAUUGCCUGUAGCUUUCUUCAACUGGGGUCUGUUUACUACCCCCACGCCUCUUUAGGCUAUGUUCCGUUCUCAGACCUCAUGAAUUUCUUAGCUACGGCUACAUGUGGGGCAUAUCUGGCUACUCUACCACCAAUUGGAGAUGAUUAUGAUUAUCAUAUGAAUGAAUACCACAAGUCUCUGCUGUCUUGGGGCUUUCAGAAGUUUAUGCAUGGCCUCUCUGUAGACACUGGAUAUGAGGGAAUUAGUGGAUUUUACAGCCUGCUGCCAGUAGCCCAAGAAGCCACACAGCUUAUGAGGAAGAAGGAGAGAGAGAAUCAGCUCAACACAACACUGAACGCUGUCUUGUCAUGUCGACUUAGGGAAGGUUAUGCCAUUAAACAGGUCACCAUUGCUGAGGAUCACAUACAGCUGGUAUUAGUUCUUCCUUGGAAAUAUUCUAUUUUCAUUGAAUACCACAUCAGAUCUGCCUGGCCUCCAACACAGUCAUCUUUAAACACUGUAGUCUGGAUUGAGGCAACGUAUGAAUUUCUCAACGAUGUGACGAGUGACGUUCAUCGUCAGUUUCGCUCUAAGUACCGUCAGAGCAUGGUAGCCAAGUACUGGAGCACCUUACAGCACCUGCGUGAUACUGAUAUGCUCUUGGUUGGCCUUCAGUCCUUUGCCUCAAAUCCCACAUACUUCAAGAUCCCCGACUGCAUCAAGAGAGGACAUCCUGUGUUUUAUCGUAACCCUGGCCAUAUUAAUUCUAUAUCUGAUGCAACAAGUGACCAGUUCCCACAAUUCACAACCUUCUGGAAGCCAGUUUGUAUGCUGGACUCCAACAUAUGGCAGAAGUGGAUGCACACUCAUCGGAUCGGUGUUAUACUGGAGCACGAUCAUCCACUUCCCAAGAACCUGCACGUGACCAACACAAGCGGAAGGUAUGGAAUUGUACAUUGUCGCCAGGCAGAGUCGGCUCUCACGGCACUGUUGGCAGAGUGGUGCGACUUUAUCCUGAUAGAGAAUGACUCCUAUAUCAAGUUUUUGUACAAUGAGGGAGAUGGAGAGGAGCAGCCCAUCUCUUUCUUUAUGGUGAGGAUCACGUCCAAGCCUCCACCCUGCCUUGUUAUCCGGUUGGCUUUCCUCGGAGGAACACCCGGACACGUCAGGAACCAGUUGGUUGGACACAUCUCUGAGAGGAUUCAAGGACUUACCUUCCCAUCACGCGUGGGUCUUACCGAGCGCAGCAAAUCACUACCCCCGGCCAUACACCAAUCUCAGGACAAGUUGGGUGACGAUAUGACCUUGUCAGCGUCCAGUGCCAUGAGGGCGUCAGUAGUACGACCACUUCUCACCCGAGUGGCCUCAAACAUUCCCUGCUGCGUCAUCACCCACAAGCCAAUUGAGAAGAUCCUUAUAUGGUAUGACAAGAUGCCCAGCAACCUAUUAAAUAUUGUACCGGAAACCCCCAACAGCUCUUCCACUAGGUCCGUGUAUCAUAAACUCGGGGCAACCAAGUCUGCCACCCACAACAUGGCUCUCCUCUCCCGCUACUUGCACCACAGACGCUGGAUCUGGGCGGUACAAGCUCCCUGUGCUCCAGCCGUGUCCCUCAAUGCUGUGGCCAGAAUUCUCAACACUCUCUCUAGAAUACGACUUCAAGAAGGCUUUAACUUUGCGUAUUCGUGUAAUGGAAUCAUAACGAUGGUUCGAGAGUUUGAUAUGAAGUUGGAAUUGAAUGAGAGCGAUGGUGAAGGUCUGAUGGAAACUUGUUCUGAAGGUGGCCUGGCGACUUUCCCCUGCGUGGCCCAGUACGUCAUAUUCCCACCACAUAUCACAAACUGCAGUAGAGAUAGUAUUGUAGAUGAAGACUGGGAGGAGGGAGACAGUGUGGAAGCUGAUGGAGAGAUGCAGAUUGUUACCGAGUGUUGGGUCGAGCCGCAGAAUGGGGUGGUCACCUCCCCCUCACCCCACGCCGCCCAUCUACAUGAUUGCAACUACCGACAACUAGCUCAGGCGUUCUUCCCAGUGGACCAAAAAUGUAUCUGGGGGCUACUGACCGUGGAGCAUUUGUUGUUGAUGUGUCAGGGCAGCGGAACCGAUGGUAUGGAGGCCCGGGGAUUUGCCGAUACCCACUACUCAUUCGAUGAACCCAAUACUGACCCAUCGCUACGUAUCAUGCAGAUUCCGUUCUCCUUUGAUCUUAUUGGACUCCUCCCCAUGUGUCAGCAAGUUGAGCUCCUCGUAUCGACUUAUAUUCAAGAUUUAUUUACUAGUCUGGUAAAGAGAGUUACAUUUGACUGCGAGGCGUCGGUGGAUGAGGCCAACCAGAUCCUGUAUGACUUGCUGCUGGACCACCUGUGCCAGCUACACCACGACAGAGAGUUCCACCUGAGUACUGCUGACCUGGAGGCUCUUCCUACUAUGCUUCAGCAACGUCAGCGUCCUCCCACUGCCAAGGCUUCACCGUUUGUCAACACAAAUAUCAGUAAGAUGAGUGACCCUCCCAAGUGGCGGUGUUUCCUGAAGGGUGUGUCCACCAACCACCUCCUCAUUACUCUUGUUCCAGCUUCCUAUCACGACCUCAAAUUGCUUCUGGUCAAACGUGCCAAUAUAACUGAGACCAACAAUAUGGCUCUCAAGCUUGUGCCAAAUUCUGAGAAUGUUUUUGAUUUAGACACUGAGACUAACACAACUGACCAGCCUCCAACAGGUCUCAUGUCAGAGCAGCUGGUCUCUCUAGAAAGUAGUACAUCAUCUCUCACACACAUGACCUCUCCCAGUCUUCCUCCUCCCACACCAACAAACAGUAGAUCUGCCACCAUGUCAGUUGAUGAAGUUGGUGAACGCACUCCAUCAAGAGUACGCUAUAAGUCUGGUCCAGUGUCUCAAACGACUUCCCAGCAAGUUCAGUCAGUUUUUUUCGAUUCUGUUUUGCGAGAGAGAGCCAGUUCGUUUCACGUGAGUCGAGAACGGUGUAGUUCUUUUGGUCAGGGCGGUGCAGGGGCAGAGAGGAACCGCACCGGGUCAGUCGAUUCACCGACUAAAGAACCACAGUACGAUGUGCCAAAGAUCACCUCCCCCAAUGAACAGGUCAAGAGGAGAUACAUUUCAAUGCCAUCAAAAUCAUAUACUGGAAUGUUUGAUCCUACAACAAAGAGCAUGUCACCUGAAGGCCUCAGGAAUGAAGAUGGCUGUGUGCCACUCCAUCUACACGCAGGUGUUGGUGGUACAGGAGAAACUGAUUCCGUACAGAGAGUUUCCAGCUUAGAUGAAAGUACGAGCGCCAUGCAGCCACCACCUUCCCACAAACCCAUGUAUGGUGCUGUUACCUUGCCUAUAUAUGUCUAUGAUUGCAAACUAAGCAGCAUCAUUACACAACUUAUAAACAGCAGUGACAAUCGUUCAGGCGUUGUCGGAAAGGAUAUCUACAUGGACUCCACAUCUAAAUUUGAGUGUGAGAUAGUGGAGGACACGGUGCCUCUCAAGGACGAUUCCAUUACCAUCACCACCAGCCUCCAAGAAGACCUCAAGCAACCAAGUCCUGAGCCACGUUCUGAGGAGUCUGACGUUGGAGCUGAUACAAGUUAUUUACGUGCACAUGUGGAUGCCCUGGAGGUGCUGUACCUGCGCAGCUUUGUCCUGGGAGUGUUCCAGGCCCUACAGAGAGAGCUAAACAUACAGGCUCAUGACAUGCAGAUUGCUCUUGAUCUUUGUCAUGAAGCUGUCAUGGAAAUCGAGAUCACAAAUUUUAUUCAGACAAUUUGUGGCCACCUACGAGACUUCCGGCUGCGUAUCGACCUUGAACACAUGCAUCAGUGUCGGCCCGAGGCUUCUGUGCCAAAAUCAGAUUCUUCCCCUCAUCGAACAUCCUCAGAUAAGGUGGAGAAGAAAGAGUCAACAGGCCCUACACGUGUUGCAUUAGCCAUGAAGACCAGCUGUAGUAGCCACAAUAGGUUCCCACUCUCCUUGUUAAAACUCCACCACCCUUGUAGAGACUUACAGCAGCUUCACUCCAGCAUCAGGGAACGCUUCUUGACCAUCCUACAGGGCUCCUUCCACCCGGUUCCUUCCCUCCCCGAUUACUAUUUUUUCUCGCCCCAAACGCUUCGUCGAUCCAGCGAGGGAACACCAGUAGGAGAUUUCUUCUAUGUGUCGUCUCAGGAACUGGAACGUUGGGAAAAGAAUCAGCUUGACCUGACGAGGCAGCGAAAGUUGCGAAGAGUGUCUGUAAGCAAGAAGUCUGAUGUAUUUACUGAGGGGGAGGAAGAUCUUGAUGAUGAAAACACAGUCAAUGGAGGAGAAGAGGAGGAGGAGGAGGACGACGACGAUGACGACCACGAUAAGAGCAUUGAAUUCCGAUCUGAAAUUGGCAGUACUGUAUUCCAACGUCUUCACAGUCAGCUAACGGCAUUUGACGGAGAUGAAGAUAAGACAUCCGUCAUCAGCGAGCGAGACGAGGACCUCAGCACACUACCCGAUAACUUGGAUCUAGCAGACGGCCCCAUCCCUCCACUCUUCCUCCACUUCACGUGCACAGUUCGUCUCGCCGGUCACGUACAGUCCAUUAUACCCAUGAAGACUGUGCCUACUUGUCUGGAUGAGAUUGUGGAGUCCCUGAGGAGCAGCGAGGUGGACCUGUCUCAGGUCAGUGUGACGCUGGACGUCUUGUGCAUGACUCUGCUUCCCGCCUUAGCCUCUAAGACAGCGGGGGAGUCGGGUGCUUCUCUGAUGGACUUAAGAUCGGCACGAACAACCAGCUUUUGUUCUACAGCUUCAUCACAGAAUAAACGAGCAAGAUCUCUGUCCGAGUCAACUUGUGCCUCUCUGUCAGAUAUGGAUGAAUCAUUCCUAGAAGAUGAAGAUCAACUUGGACACCUUCCAGAUUAUCAGCACCAAGCGAUUGUUGCUACAGUUGAUGAUAUUAAGUGGCUUUUGCGGGAUGAGAUAGCGUCGGCAAUGUUACACAUGUACCCACUGGCCGAACAGACUCUGGACAUGGUCGCUACUCACGUGGAAAGCUCUCGUCAGGCCCGGAACUGUAUCUCAGAAUCCAUCCCUCUUAACUUUGUGUGUGGCAUGGAACAAAGCAGAGACAAAUUUAUGCAGGAAUUUGGACGGAUGAGUGUGAGUGGCCACCACCUAAAGCAGGAAGGUUCACUGUAUUACUUAGUUCAAGAUAAGACUCAGAUGAGGAGGAGACCCUUCUCAUCUCUGGUGCCUCCCCUCGGCUUCAAGAAUCAGUUCCUCAUUGUCAGGCCUCAGCCCCAUGCUGAUGACAUUGCUCAGCUGCGACAGAUGGAUUCUGGGUGUCAGGUGAACAAGGUCAGCCUCUCCUCACCUGAUGCCAUCAUAAGUCCUCCUAACAGACUGCAGCCCACCAGAGUCUCAUUUGAUGCUGAACGAAAUCUAUCCGAGAGUUUAGUUGAAGGUGAAAACAACGUACAGCGAGUAGAAGGAUCAGAGAAGGAGAAGUGGGUCAGACGUCGUGAGCGUAAGGAAAGGAGAGAUUCUGAGAGACGAGGCUCCAUCAACACUUCCGACUCUGACACAGACAUCAAGCAAGUAAGAAGCCAUUUCUCACGAGAGUCAUCACAUCAAUCACACGAUGGAAGAGUACGGUCGUCAGAGUCCCCUAAAAAGAGCACCACACUCACUGCUGCUUUAUCAGCAAAUAAAUCUUCUGAAGGUUGUGAAGGUGAGGAAGAGGCAGAUGAAGAGGAGGACAGAGAAGAAGACAACUGUGGGACUGUGAAAGAGUAUCCAGACUUAUCACAAGGUUCCCCUCCAGAAGCCUCUACAACACACACUAAAGAAUCUGUUGAUACAGUUGAUAAUAGGGAGCUGGGAGAGGAAGACUCACACAAAAUGCCCGAGCCAUUCCUAGAGCACAUGGACCCUGAGGAGGCAGAUCAUGGCCUCCUUGUGAGGGUCACAUCAUUAUAUUCAGGGGCCAACAUUGCUGAAGAUAAAACUAUUGAAACAAAGGAUUCAUUAGAAAAUCAACUCAAAGGAAAGUCUACAUUACCACAAACUUCACCCAUUAAUUUUGAAAGACCUGAAAUCAGCCAAAAUCAAGAUAAGUUUAGUAAUGAAUCACAAACACCAAAAGUCUGUGGGGAUGCAAGACCCCUCGAUCCAUCUCAUACUGAACCAUUCUCAACAAGGGAGGAAAACAUUAUGGAAGGACACACACCUCUUUAUACUCCCUCCAAGGUGCUGACAUUUGAUGAAGGAACUGAACCACUUCUUGAGAUGCAGAAGCCAGUCAAAGAUGCUCCCCAUCGUCUCUCACUUCCUCUAAAUGAACUGAUAAGGUGUGGGUCGGAGAGUUUUCCUCGUCCUCCACUGUCGGCGGAGGUGAUCAGAAAAUCUGCCAGCACCGACAACUUUGUACCUUGUGUUACUGAUGCUUCUGUGGAACAACUGAGAGCAACACCCAGCUGUACCAUGACUACAAGUGGGAGUAGCUGUGGCUUGUGGGCAGAGUUUAUAAAAAGUCGUCACAACUCUUCAGAAGUCAUGAAGAGUCGAAACAGCUCGGGAACCAGCGCUGAUUUGUUAAAGAGUCGACAUAACUCAGGAACUGGAGGAGACAUUUUAAAGAGUCGUCAUAACUCUGGCACUGGAUCUGUACCUGGAGGACCGUACUCCGAUGUGUCGAGUUUACUGGAGUCCGGACAGACAACAGAGGACGGGUGUGAGGGAGAUAUAAGCGAUUCAGACAACGAUUGCUGUGAUUGGUUGCAAGAUUUUGAGUCGGUAAGGCCAUUCCUACCGGAGUUUUGGCUAAUUCUGCGAGUGUCGAGCGAUCGUGUUGAUACCUUCUUCCACUGUAGAACUGAAACAGAAAUGGCUCGGUGGUGUGAGGUACAGACUGAGGUCGUGCGCAGCGUGAGGUCGCUCGUGAAACUUGUGAACCAGACGCUGCUUCUUCAAGACCUUCACAACACUCGUAUGUGUAACCUUCUCCUGGAACCUGAGACCUCUGAUGACAUUUGGCGGCAUGAGGACACCAAAGGAAGAGGAGUUGAUGAUAGUGACGCUGAAUGCCGAGGCUAUUUAGAAGCUGCCUUUAAGUUCAAACCUGGAGCCUUUGCCUGCAGGGUGGUGUGGGAGACUAAGUUUGAGCUGCAUCCCAAAGUUAAGUGUACUGCUGGUAAGGUGGGCAGCAAGGGCAUCCUAGCACUCCGAACGAUCCUUAACCCGUUCUCCGUCAACAACCGCAAGAACAUGUUUGUUUACGAGGACAGUUCUGGCAACGGCUCCAAUGUGUUCUAUCUCAGGUUGAAGGAGCACCAGUCUACGUCAGUGUCGCCACAGGUUGAGGGACGGCGCGAUGAGACUGGGUUAUCCCGCAGCUCCUCUGUGGUGUCUCUGGGGAAGCGUGGCAGCCGUGAUGACGACCCUCUGAGCUUGAAGGCCGUGGGUGCAUCUCAGCAUUAUGAACUACGGCCACGUGUGAGUUCUUUCGGAGAGAAGGAUGUUAUAAUGGAGGGCGUGCCAUCAACACCAGCACAACGCAAGCACAACCAUUGCAUAAUUUUGACUGUGCACGGCAUUGCUGAGCCAGGUCCAGCAAUCAAGGAGGAGUUGGUACGGAUGUUACAGAACCGUCUGGAUGAGGCCGUGGUGGAGGCUAUCUGUGUAAUGCUCUGGAGUAAUCCACAACACAAACUGACCCCUGAGAUUGUGCAUUUUAUUCAGCCUCCUUAUCAACCUCCAAAGACUAUACUCAGGUUCACCGUGAGCGCCCACGCACACCGACACUUACAGGCUGUGGGCUACUACCUGCGUCAGAACAUGCUAUCGUGUGGCUUUAUCCAUCCCAAGUUUGCUGAUAAUUGCCUGGAACAUCAUUUCCAGGACUUCUCAGCCACCGACCAAGACCUUAGUAGUGAGCCAAACAUCUUCCUAUAUGUGCGACCUAGAAAGUCUGCUGCUAAGGGCAUAGCCUGCAUUGCCUUCUCUCUAGUGGAUGGUAGUGGAUGUAUUGUGCAGCAUAUCAGUUGCCCACGACCUUCUCAGGAUGCUUAUAUGGAGGUGUUUUCAAGACAGGAUUUUGAAGUGCUCACUUAUACUCAGGAGUACCAGCCAAGUCCAACUAAAAGUCCUGGACCAAUGGCAAUGCUACAGUUUAAAGUUUGGGAGAGUGGCCGUGUAGACCUGGAUGAGGUGCGCCGUUACCUUAUGGACUCAACACGUCACGCUCUCUGGGAUGUCAACACAGAGUAUCGUCUUCUCACAGCCCCCGUUAUGCCCCCUCAGCCGGUACAGCAGCACACCACACCUGCAUCAGAACCAAGCACACCCAAAAAAGAAACACGAGGUCCAACAAUGAGAUCAGUGAGUUUGCUGGAGACAGGGACUCAGCCGGCGGAGGACCGCAUGCGCUCGGUCUCCAUAUCGGGUGUACCUCCUCAUGUAUGUCUCCCACGAAUUGCAAACAAAUUUGGGAGUAAGAGGAUGGUGCGUCCCAGCGAGGGUCGAGGAGAAGGCCAGAGAGAACGAGCGCCCUCACCCCUCACGCUGGUGCAGGCAAGACUGCGCCUCAUGUCUAACUCUGUGCCUGACCUGAAGUUACGAGGUCGCAGGGCAUCCUUACAGUCUCCCUGGGACAACACAACUGGGAGUGAUGGCGUCCCCACCAACGUGGGUCACUCCCCAUUGAAAGUACGUCACUCGGUUGACCUCGGGAUGGAGCGCAGCAAACUACUCGGUGAAGAUGGUCAUCUCUCAUCACACGAGAGUCAACCGUGGGAAUACCAGGAGAACACAUGCCAUACUCUUCAUCCCAUCUUCCACGGGUUAAUGCUGGAGUGGCUGGAGUACGCCUCGGAGCUGGACGAGAGGGGUGAGCACGCAGUACGCAGGGAACUCGGAGAAAAAGGAGGAGAACACGCCGUUAAAAAACACACUGUUCAUAUCACUACCAGACAUGCAGUGCCUAUCUUUAUAAGUGAACUACAAAAGUGGGUGUCACAUCAUUCUAGUGACACCUCAACAAAGAUAUUUGAAGAGACCGUUAGUGAAGGUGAAUCAUCUGUCUACAAGUUGGUGGAGUCAAGCAAGGUUCCACAGGUGCUUAGGUGUGACCCUAAAGGAGGAUAUGUUGACAGCAACUUCAUCAUCAUUGGUCGCAACAACCAGCAAUGGUGGGCCACACUCUUUGAAGAAAAUUUCAAUGAUUACUACAUAAAUAUGAUCACAUCUAGCAAGAACAGUCAGCGAUACCAUCCUUUAGUCGUGUCACCAAGAGGCCGAUGUGUGAGUGGUGGGGAAGCCACGUACCCCAGACUGGAGAGUAAUACCACCAUGAGUGCAUUAAAUACCCCAAACACAGUGCCAACAACCGGACCUACCUCAUCGGCACCCACCAUCAGCGGCAUGACCUCCUCGGCCGUUAGCAUAUCCUCCCCCGUGACUGUUCCUUCAACGCCCACCAGCAUGUCGAAUGCUGUUGGACCACUCUGGACUUAUGAUACCUCAGACGUGUUGUUCAUCCCUCGCCAGAAGCUCCUCUUGGCUACACUAUGUGGAUUAGAGCUCGUCAUCUACACAUACAACUGGACUAAAGAACAAUGUGAUAAUCUACACUCGACCAUGACACAUCUCAGCCACUGGUCUACUGCCCGCAAUCGUCUCCUCUCCACCAUUGUCCUGCAGAAGAUGGGGCUGUUCCACAAUCAGCCGUUUGUCAGGAAGAGUUCGGAUAAGAAGGAAGAGGCAAAGAACCCGUACAUCAGCAGCCCGGCCUAUGUGGACGGCUUGAUAAAGCUUCAGGCACCGGUUCACACCAUCACAGACCGAGGCACCAGGAGGGUACAGGGAAUGGUGCCAGCGCCAAGCCUAACUGAGAUCUACAGGGACAACAGACCUCCAAGAUCACUAAAAAAUUCACAGUAUGGGAAUUUGAAGGACUUGGAGCUGCGACAUGGAAGCCAGAUGACGGAAAUUAAGCGCCUCAUCGUGCAGAAAGAAGCUCAGCGGAAAGUACUGCUAAAGACUGUGGUUCAGACGCACGGCCACUCUAGCCCAGCCUUCAAUGAUAAGAUUUUGGCUUUGUAUAAACAGAAUGCUCGUAUAGCCCACUUCUGCUACACACCUCUUCUCUUCCUACCUCGGUGGAGGUGGCAGGUAUCUGCUGCCAGAGACCACAGCCUGGCAGACACUCAGCCACCUAUAGACAAGACCACAUUAUUUGGCUUAAAGACUCCUGAACCUAGAUCCCGUCAUGACUCUGGCAGCUCUAUAAUAGGCCUCAGUUGUAGCGGUCCCACUGACUUGCGGCGCUCGCUGUCGUUCAAGCCUAGUGUGCCGAGUCCUAGCCAGCGUCGGCGGCACGUCACUGGCGGGGACGAGAAGUGGCACGAUGCACUCUGUUCCAGCUACCUGAAGGAGUACAUCCAGUAUUUGCAAAGUCUAGGUUUUCUAUCACUUAACGUCACACAGGCACCUCAACAACGAGGACGCAGCAUUAGCCGAGAGCCAGACAACAGAGGGUUCCGUGUGAAGGAAGUCCGUUUCAGUGAGCAGGUCACUAAAGAACCCACCUAUCUACUGAAGAAUGUUCUGGGUGGCACAAUUCUCUUGGAAAUAAUCUUCUCAGAGCCUUAUUUCUCUGCUAAAUUAUACAUAUUGGAGUCGUGUAGAUUAGAGGGAAAGAAACUGUUUUCUCAGAUUGAAGAAGUGUCAAAGGUUGUGGUAGGAGGGCCGCCAUCAUCCAUGCCGCCCUCACCACACUCUCCUGCACCAUCUAUCUUUCCUGAGGGCUGUCCUCCUGACCAGAUAGAUGACAAAUUCGCCAUCAAUUCCUUCCUGGAUAAGGUAGAUGACAUCAAGGUAUUACUACACAUGCAUUCUUUCACGUACGACUUCCACCUGCGAGCUCUGUGUGCUUACGUUGCCGGUCGUCAGCUUCUGUUCACCCCCGGCUACCACCUCUCGUCGUGCCUCUCUGACUUCAUCAAGUACUACAACAAGGGACCAAACUUUGCUAGAAAUCUUAUUCAUACAGGGAAGUUAACUAUAGAAGACACAGGAACCCCAGGAGAGCAGCUGUAUAACUAUCUUCUAGCUCGUGAGAAACAGUACAGAAUGAGAGUAUUGCGUAUGACUCCAGUUAUCCACGACCCUGAUGCUCUGAUGCAAUAUACGGAGUUCAUUCUGGUCCACACCAAGACCUGUCGGGUGCACUACAAGGAUGGCAAUGACCAGAGAGUGUCAGAUGAGUAUGAUGUAACCUUGCUGGUCUCCCACAACACAAGUGCAGAUAUCGAGCUGGAAUCCUUGCACCCUAACAUCCUGCAUCUCAACUUUUACGUUAUUUUAACUAGCACACGGGAAGUGUACCCAAAUCGUAUUCUAGAGAAGAAGAUGGGAAGGUUCCGCACUGUCUCCACGGCACCGUUCGUAGGAAAACAUUGGACCUCUUCUUCCACCCAUCCAGAUGGUAGUGAUCAGAGUGGAUCAGCUACUCCUCCUGCUGCUGCGGCUGAGGAAAAUCCACAACAAACUCCUUCAGCUGGGAAUGAUGUGCCACCACCACCUGUCAAGUCUUAUAUUGGCAUCAGGUCAGAGAGUGUGAACUACCUCGGCUACUACACCGUGUACGAGGAGACCAUGCAGAGGACACUAGAGGCCCAGGCAGAAGAGGCCAGGACUCGCAUUCAUCACAUCUUCAACCAGGCCAAGAUACACUGCAGACGAGACUCGUUAUGGCAGCGUCUAACAGCCAGCCUCCGGGAAGAAGAGAGGCAGAAAUUAUCAAGAGAACAGGUACUUGGUGGUUUAAGCUUCAUAGAGUUAAGUGAACUUCUGACCCUGGUGAGAGUGGAGCCUCUGAGUUCUGUCGACCCACAACUGUUGCCGCUCCUGUCUAAACCCUUGCUCUGGUACCAAGGUCUGACGAGGGUACUACAAUCCAAGUAUCAGGAACGCCACAGGAGUUUAACAUCCAGUGAUGGUAAUAUUCAGCACGUUGUGGUACUCAGCUCUACCUGUCCUGACGCCUUCAUGAUGCUCUCCAUAAACCUGCACCACCAGAAAGCAGAAUUAUGCUGUGUUAACAAGCAACUGAAGGGUGAGGGAACAGUGCAGAAGUUUUCUGACAGUCGCAUUCAAGCGCUCAUACAGGACUUUGUCAAUGCGUGUUGUUUCCAUCUAUGGUGUGGACUCUUAUAGUUGUGAACCAUUCCCUCUAAAGGUAGUUUUAUCACCAACCUCUGUGCUGACUUGUGAUUUUCCUGAUAUUAUAUCUUCAGUAAGUGUUCAGUGAUUUUGAAAAAUUAUCUAUUUCUGAAAAUUUGUAUUUGUUCAGGAAGAAAAUAUUGUGCUUAGUUGUGAUGGUGAUAUAGCAGUCAAAGUUUGCAGAUCAUACAGUUCAAAAACACUAGUCACUUGUAAUACAUAUCUGUUUACAAACAGUAAAAGACAAGAUAUUUUUACAUAUAAAAAGGAGAGAGUAAGUA